GGUCCUGCGGUGGACAUAAUAGAGAGCGAGAAAAAGAGGGAAAGGGGAAAGGGAGGGCUUCGCUGCGACGUUAAUGGCGGUCAGGGUUUUCUAAUUCUCCACCUAAACCCCGCCUUUUUUCUGCGCCUUCUGCUCCAAGAAUCCUCCCCCCCUCCCCCCAAACCUCGCCUCUUGCCACGAAUUCGUCGAUUUCGCUCUCGAAUUGCCGUCCGGGAAGCUCCGUCGGCCGGAGUCCGCCGAUGGCCGCGCACGGGAAGGUCUCUAAUUCGCCGAACUCCUUGCAGCGUGUCAAAGUUUAUCGCUUGAAUGAUGAUGGCAAAUGGGAUGACCAGGGAACUGGGCAUGUUUCUGUUGAUUAUUUGGAGAGGUCGGAAGAUCUUGGUUUGAUUGUGAUUGAUGAAGAGGAUAAUGAGACGUUACUUGUGCACCGCAUCUCCUCAGAUGACAUCUACAGAAGACAAGAAGACACAAUCAUCUCAUGGAGGGAACCAGAACCAGCCACCGAAUUGGCACUGAGCUUUCAAGAGGCUAUGGGAUGCUCCUAUAUAUGGGACCAUAUAUGUGGCGUACGAAGAAACUUGCAUUUUAGUAGUCUAGGAAAUCUCGAGAUCGGCCCUCGUCCAGCAAUGGAAUCGCUAAAAGCUACUAGUGCUUUGCAAUCAAAUGAUGAAACAUUUCGUGCUGUUAACAGUGAAUUAAGAGAGCUCCCGUCUGUUGAAUUAUCAACACUCCCUUUAAUGUUAAAGUUUGGCAUAUAUGCACUAUCGCCGUUAUUAUUUUUCAGUCAGCUGACAGUGUUGGAAUGUGGCAUGACGGAUCAGAUGCGAGUAGCAGAAUUAAUAUUGCAAGAUCAAGAAUUUUUCCCAAAGCUAAUGGAUCUUUUUAGAAUGUGUGAAGACUUGGAAAAUAUGGAUGGUCUCCACAUGAUUUUCAGAUUGGUCAAAGGGAUCAUUCUAUUAAACAACACACAGAUCUUUGAUAGAAUUUUUGGGGAUGAACUUAUCUUUGACAUUAUUGGUUCUCUUGAAUAUGAUCCUGAUGUCCCUCAGGUGGUGCAGCAUCGUGCUUUUCUCAAAGAGCAUGUGGUUUUUAAAGAGGCUAUCCCUAUUAAAGAUUCCACGGUAUUGUCAAAGAUACACCAAACCUACAGAGUUGGUUAUGUGAAGGAUGUUAUUUUACCAAGGGUAUUGGAUGAGGCUACAAUAGCAAGUUUUAAUUCGAUCAUUCAUGCAAACAAUGCUGCUGUUAUAUCUUUGUUGAAAGAUGAUGCUUCUUUUAUUCAAGAGCUAUUUGCAAGGAUGAGGUCCACAUCAACUUCUGCAGAAUCAAAAAGGGAAUUGGUACUAUUUUUGCAUGAAUUUUGCUCUUUGAGUAAGAGUUUGCAGAUGGUACAGCAAUUGCGGCUAUUUCGGGAUCUUGCUGGUGAAGGCAUAUUUGACAUCAUAACUGACGUGUUGCAGAGCCAGGAUAAGAAGCUUGUAUCUGCCGGGGCAGAUAUUCUCAUUCUAUUCCUAAACCAAGAUCCUAAUAUUCUCAGGUCAUAUGUCAUUCAACAAGGAGGAGAUUCCCUUCUUGGGCUUUUGGUUAAGGGUAUGAUUACAGACUUUGGGGAGGACAUGCAUUGUCAGUUCCUUGAGAUCAUUCGCAUAUUGAUGGACUCAUACACCAUGUCUGGAUCACAGAGGGACACAAUUAUAGAGAUUUUCUAUGAAAAACAUCUGAACCAAUUGAUAGAUGUUAUAGCAUCCUCUUGUCCUCCAAAAGGCUGUUCUCGAACAAUGAUUAAAUCAUCUGGCUUUGGUUCAAGGGUUGAGACACAUGCUGCAAUCAAGCCUGAAAUCUUAUCAAACAUCUGUGAGCUGCUUUGCUUCUGUGUAAUUCAUGAUCUCUACAGGAUAAAGUGCAGCUUUCUUAUGAAUAAUGCCAUGGAGAAGGUCUUGUUUCUGACACGCAGAAGAGAAAAGUAUCUGGUGGUGGCAGCUGUUCGCUUUAUGCGCACUAUAAUCUCCCGUAAUGAUGAGCAUCUUCUUCGCAAUGUUGUGAAAAACAAUCUUUUGAAACCAGUCAUUGAUGCUUUUAUUGAGAACGGUAAUCGCUAUAACAUGCUGCAUUCAGGUGUUCUAGAACUUCUGGAGUACAUCCGUAAGGAGAAUCUGAAAAGUCUAAUCAUAUAUAUAGUUGAUUCCUUCUGGAACCAGCUACAGAUGUUUGAGCAUUUAGGGUCUAUUCAGGCCUUUAAACUAAAAUAUGAGCAGUCCAUGGAGAACUGUGACACAAAGAACGGUGCUACCAUGGUCGACCCCAGAAAAAGGAUCGAUGAACGGGCUCUUGAAAAAGAAGAAGAAGAAUACUUCAACGAGGACAGUGAUGAAGAAGACUCUGCCACCCAGUUACCAAACAUACGGAGCCAAAAUUCACGAACAAGUCUGCCUAAUGGGACCAAAGUCAGCUACUCAUCUUUGGGGCCUGGUUCUGGUGGACUUGUUGACUAUGAAGAUGACGACGAUGAUGAUGACUAUAAUCCACCACCAAGGAAGUCUGAAUCUUCAACAGAAAGUGAUGAACCCAUGGCUUUUACUGAGACUAAACGCAAGUCACCUGCUACAGCUGACGGAAAAGAGGAGGUUCAUGAGCUUACAAAGAAGCAAAAGCUGGAUCAACAUGUGAAUGGUUGUAAGAUUGCCAGUGGUGUUGCUGGCAGGGCCAGUAAAAAGGAACCGUCACCUCCUGCUGCUUCACACACCACAGACGCAAAUGGUGAUUUGGAUGAACAUGAUACCGGAAUUGAAACUGCUGGUUCCCAAAGUUAUAUUCAUCUGCGGGAUGCUGUGGAUACCAGACAGGCAGGUGGAGAUGACCGUCCAUCAAUACCCAUCAGCAAUUCAUUGCCUGAGAAUGUUCUGAAUGGAAAGAAUGUCACUGAUUCAGAACCGUCUCUAGUGCGAUAAUGUCAUAGUUUCACUUAUUUAUUGAUCUUAGUUUAUUCUGUGGGUGAGAAAUGAUGAGAAGGUAAAACUCAAUGGGAUUUCCUCUUGUUUUUGAGAGGAGGAUGAGAUAUGAUCAUGAAAAUGCUCAAACCAUAAUUGAGGGGGUGAAAUAGCACAAGAGCCUGUCAACUUCGAGCGUGAUUCCAUCCUGGGUUGUAACCAGGUAAAUAUUAUUGAUAGCGAGGAGCCCUCGGGAAAUGGCAAACAACCUGCUCUUGGCUAUGCUGCACAAAUGUGACUUUUGCUGUUUCACUUGUAAAACGCUUAUGAAGUCUAUACAUCUUUAUUUGUGGGAUAUGAAAGGAGCACCAAUAUGUGCUUAUUUUUCUCCAAAAAUUUUGUGAGGAUGUUUGAGUUGAUAUUAUUGUAAAACUGUAGGUUGGUUACAGCAGAUGUGAGUAUCUCAAUUCAAGAGGUAGUGUAAUUCAUUCUUCGAUUAAGACCAGAUAUAGUUUCUGCGGAGAUAUUUUCUUGUAACGUGGCUCUGACUUCAUAUUAAGAAAGUCAAUAAAUUGAACUUGAACAUAUGUUCUUUAUCA